AUGGAAAAUCUCCCCAAGCUAAACGAUAUUAGCCAAGAAAAACGCCCAGAAAAUUGAAGAAUCAUUAAUGUCCCGAGCUCCCAUUUAAGCGGAUUCAUUAGCAACAAAAUAAAAACUUCACGCUAUACCCUCAAAACCUUUCUCCCUUUAAGUCUUUUUGCACAGUUUCACAGUCCAGUUGGCAUCUGUGUUUUCUUUUGGGUAAUAAUGAAAACAAAUAUUACAGUAUAUUUGAAAUCAUAAAAACGACUGUAAAUUUUUAAAAUUGUAUAUGAAAAAACCCAAACGGAAAAAACAUUUAAAAACAUACGGGAAAAUCCCCACAGCGAUUUUUGUGAUUUUUCCAUAAAAACCAAUAUGAUAUUGUGAGUUAAUAGCAUUAAAAAUUUACCUGAUUGCAUAAAAUAGAGAAUCAAUACUGCAUGCAAUCAUAAUUAUUAAUAUACAUAAUUGAGAUAAAAUAAAUAAAGGAUCUUUAUCACGCCUUAUCUAGAGUAUACUUUUUCUAUUUGAAAAAUUAAUCUUUUAUACCUAUCAAGAAAAAUUAAUUAUUUUUAAUAUUUUAAACCAAUUAAUUGAAAGAUUUAAUUUAAAUUGCAUUUUAUCGCUAAUCAAUAUCAGCAUUCAUCUUUUUAAAAUUUCGUUCAUAACUGUAUCAGCAUCUCCAUUAUCAACAGCACCAUGAAAAAAAGCCAGUCAUUUUUUUUUAGUUAAAAUUUUUAAAUGGAAAAAGAAUACUCUGAAUAAGAUGUGAUAAAGCUCCUUUAUUUUUUUAUCUCAAUUAUGUAGAUAAAUAAUUAUCAUUAUGCAAAUUAUUGAUUCUCUCUUUUAUACAAUCGGAUAGCUUUUUGAUGCUAUUAAUUCAUAAUAUCAUAUUUUUUUCGAGGUUUUUCAUCGGCUCUAGAGAUUUUUUCCUGUUUGUUUUUAAAAAAUUUUUUUUCGGCUUGGGUUUUUUCAUAUGCGAUUUUAAAAAUUUUAAAAUUUGCAGUCAUUUUUAUAGGUUCAAAUUUUACUGCAAAACCAAUCAGGGUUUUUUCAUAAUUACCCUUUCUUUUUGCAUCCAUAUAUAAUUCUAUCUGAUCAGAAACUUACCCAUGAUUUCCUUUCAUUUUUUUAGCAUUAUUAUUAUCGCUUACCAUGUUUUCUGAUAUAUACCAAGACUUUAAAAGAUAUUUAAACGAUGAAAGUAUUAAUAAUCAAUUUUGCAAUAAAUGAGAUGGGCACGAAUUUAUUAAAAUAAAAAGAAAAAAAUUGCAAGUCGGAGAUAUUAUUUUGGUAACUGAGAAAGAAUAUGUCCCUGCUGAUAUCUUAGUUCUUUCUAUUGGUGAAGAAGAACAAAUAUGUUAUGUUGAUGCGAGUGAAAUUAUUGGAGAAAAAUGCAUUUUAAUUAAAAAACCCAUAAAUGACUCACAGAUGGUUAUUAAUUCUUUUGACCAUAUUGAAGCUGGAAAUUACUUGUGCAAGCUUGAAGCUAAAGUAAAAGUUCCUGCACCUUUUAAAUUUAAAGAAUUUUCAGGAUUUUUCAAACUUAAACAGAAUCCAAAAAGAAUAAAUUUAUCUAAUAAUAAUUUUGUUCAAAGAGGGUCAAUAAUCAUUGAAACCUCAUGAAUUUUUGGAUUGGUUAUAUACACUGGAAAAGAAGGGACAAGCCCAAUAAGUGAUUUAAAUUAUACAAAACAUAUAUCCCGCUUUCAAAAAACAUUAAAUAGGUAUGUAUUUCUUAUCAUAAUUGCAGAAUCUAUUGUCCUGAUAUUUACCUUAUUUUUUAAUUAUUUAUACUAUGGUUUGAAAUAUGAUGAUAAUUUACUCAAGCUAUUUCAAGAUUUGCUCGUACAGCUGUGCCAAGCUGUGCCAAUCUGUAUCUAUUUGAAUUUAGAAAUCGUUAGAUUUCUCCAGGCCAAGAAAAUACAAAAGAAAAACGGAUCAAUUACUUUCAACACUACAAAUAUUAUUGAAGACUUAGGACAAAUAGAAUAUAUAUUAGCAGACAAAACGGGGACAAUCACGACUAGUGAUCUUUCAGUAAAGGCAUGCAUAAUUAAUAAUAGCAUUUAUACUAACUCCCUUCGUGAGUAAACAAAAAAAUUUUGUUUGUUUGCGGAGGGGUUAAUUAUUUUUCGAAAUUUAAAAAAAUCGCAAAAUUAGCAAGCAAAAAAAUUACUUUAAUUUGCAAAAUUAUGUUUUUAAAAUACAAGCUGUUUAAAAUUCAACAGAAUUAGCUAGAGAUUUUAUUAUGCUAUUUAUCAUUUAUAUAUCAAAAUAUUUUAUAUUAAAAUAAUUUCUGUUCGCCAAGAGGGGUUUUUCCUAAAAAUAAGAUUUUUCCAGUGGUUUUUUUCGCUAAGGUACGAAGGGUGUAAGCAUGACGAUGAUUAUUUGAAUGAUGUCCAUGAAUUUGUAAGAGUGGACAGCAACGCUUUUACAGAAAGCACAUGCUUUAAUAGAUGCUUUAGCUAUCCAAAUGGAAACUCCAAGAUAAACUUUUCAAAGCUGAGGAAAGAUUUCUUAGGAGCAUUAGAUCGAAAAUCUAUUCUUUAUCAUUACAUGGUAUGCAUGGCUAUUUGCAAUCAAGUUUCAAUAAAAAAGCACUGCAGCUAUUUUUCAACUUCCGCAGAUGAUCAUGCAUUAGUAAAAACUAGCGGAAAACUCGGUUUUAAGCUGAUCAGAAGAACCAGCAAAAAAUGUCUGCUAAAUGUUUUAGGAACUGAAGAAAGAUUUCCUAUAAUUGCAGCCCAAAAUAACUCCGCAACCAAUAAAACCCGAAUAGUUGUCAAAGAUAUCAAUAAUUCCGUCGCAGUUCUAUAUGUAAAAGGCCCCAGAGAAAAAAUGAUACGAAUUUUAGAUUUAACCUCUGAACAAAGGCAGUACCUUGACGAUAAAAUGCUUAUGAAAGAUUUAUCUGGAGUAAAAUCCAUAUAUAUGGGCUGUAAAAUCCUAACCCUAGAAGAAUAUAACCAAUUUAAAUUUGCAUAUAGUAAUGCGAAAUUAUCACCAGUUAAUAGUGAAGGAAGAAUUGAAGACUUAUUUGACGAAUUAGAACAAAACUUAGAGUAUCUGGGCGUUGUGUGUCUUGAAUAUAAAAUUCAAGAGGGAGCCAAAGAAACGAUAUCGUUACUAACAAAAGCAGGAAUAAAAAUUUGGAUGCUGAGUGGGGAUUGUGAAGAAAGCACAAUAUCUUCAGGGCUGUCAGCAAAUUUAUUUGAAAAAGAAGCUAGGAUUGUAAAAUUGACAAAUUAUUCUUCAGAAAUAGCCUGCAAGAGGGAUUUAAUAAGACACAUAAACUCUUCUAUUUUUCAUAAGGAAAACGAUAAUAAGCAGACUCAGAGUCCUACAGAGUCGCCAGAUUCUUUUAGAAUGCUACAUUAUGCGUAUACAGAGCCAAUAAUGUUCAAUCAUGAAUCACAAAAUAGCCCUGAGUUAGAAAAUGAUCGAUACCAAAUCCAAAGACCAAAUGCUCUUCAAAUCUUUAAAUCAGUUGAUCCCCAGCUAUUUCAGCCAUUAGAGCUACAUUCACUUCUAUCUUCAAAUUUUAAUUGCAAUUCGAUUUAUACAAAGCUCUACUGAAAUAAUCUCAAAAUAUUUUUUUUAUUUUCUAUGUUAAAUUUAAUUAUCAAUAGUAUAUUUUAUUUUAUCUAUAGACCGAAGUGGAUUAGAAUAUGGAUUAAGCACUAAAGAAAACCGAAAAUAUUUUAUUGCUCUUUUAUGUGCAGCUCAAGUCGUCACUUUUCACUCGCUACUUCCAGACGAUAAAACAAUGGUCGUAAAAUUAUUAAAAGAAAAUGUUUCAUAUAAGCCGAUGAUUCUUGCUGUGGGAGAUGGUAAUAGUGACAUUGGGAUGAUGCAGGCUGCACACAUAGGUGUAUGUGUGCAUACAAGUGCAGCUAAUCAAGCUGAAAAUUUAAGCCAUAUUAAUAUCAAGAGUUUUUCUCAACUAAAAGAUUUGAUUUUGAUAGAUGGAUACAAAAUCUACAUAAAUUCUUCGAGAACUGUGGUUUUUUCAGUUUUUAUAAGUGUGACAGUAUUUUUUAGUAUUUUUUUAUAUGAUAAUUGUGUUGGAUCAUCGGGGAAUUCAAUUCUUGAGGCAUAUGAUAUUUUUUGUCUUAAUUAUACUGUACUAUAUUGUAUUUGGCAAGUCAAUUCUUGAUAAAUGGCAGUAUCUCAAUAAAUUAUUUAACCUAGGAUAUAUUUUUUUUAGCAUUUUGAUUAUUACUGUUGGAAUUUAUGAUGAAUUUGUAUCUGAUGCAAGAAUAAUAAAUUUUCCACAAAUUUAUAUAGAAGGAAUCAAAAACAUGCAUUUUUCUAAUAAAAUUAUGAUAAAAGCUGUCAUUUGCUCAUUUAUUGCAGCAAUUGUUACAAUCUCAUUUGUUUAUUUACUAGGUGGAAUUAUUAAUAAACAAGGAUAUAAUGAUAGCUUCGAGUUAGACCAAAUUAUGGUGAUAAUUGCACUAUUUAGUUGUUUGUUAUGCUUUAUAAUAAAAAGCAUUUGAUCUUUCAAUAUAUGAACAGUUUUUUCUAUAUUUUCUUCAUUUGUUUUAUUAUUUAUUUUCAGAAUUAUUCCUUCAGUUCAAGUUUAUGAAUUUUUGAAUUAUGGAGCCUUUCAAAUGAUAAGCAAUUCGGCUCCAUGUCAAAUGACCGUGGAUUUUUGACAGUGUACAUUUCAUCGAAAUCCAUUUGGUCGAAAAUUUUUGAUAGUGCGGGCAUUUGGCCGAAAAUUAAUUUUUUUUUCGGUCAAAUGUCUCCUAUCAAAAAUUUUGGACCAAUUUUCGGCCAAAAAAUUUUCGGUGAAAUAGACACUAUCAAAAAGGCAAAGCCAUUUGACCUGCAACCAAGCAAUUCAAUCAGUUACAUUAUUUGGAUAAUUAUGCUUACUUUAUUAUUUGCAAUUAUUUUUCAUUUUUAUAGAGCAUGAUUUGAAGUAUUUUCUCCUAGCCUUUGCAACUAUUUACAACAAGGAAUUUUUAAAAAAUUCUCGAACCUUAAUUUCUCACCAAGGAUAAACGAAUUCAAUGGCCGCCUUGGAAGUAUUUAUAUUUCUACUGAAAAUAAUAAAACCAAAGAAAUUUAUGAUUCUUUUGAUGUAAGUAGCUUAUUACUAAAAUAUAAAUCAAAGACUCGUGAGACUGAGUAUCAACUAGAAAAAUUGCAAGAAAAUAUUUUUAAUUGCCGCUAUUUUUUUAUCAAUCUUUUUCUGGUGAUUACUUUAUUAGUAAUUUAUGAGUCUAUAAUGAAUUCUAAUACAACUUGAAUUGAAGUAUAUGAAUAUUUUUUAUUAGGGGUUCAUGGGAUUUUUAUUUUCUUUACUUGUACAGCUAUAUUUCAAAAAUGCCAAAAUCAGUUAAUCCUAUUACUUUAUUUUUUACAUAUCACCUUAUUUUUAGUCUGCUCCAUAUUUUUUGACACUUUCAUUCCUGGAGAAAUUCUUAUCCUCCCUCCAUUAUUUCUUAUUGGCCUAAGUUUUAAUUGAUUCUGAAAUUCCAUGUUUUUAUUAUUUUCUGAGCUAUUUGUUUUAGGUGGCAUUUUAUAUGAACUACUUCAUCACUAUAGUGAUCCAAAAGAAAUUAUCCUUUACGCAUCCGAAUACGUUAUAAUCCAUAUUUCAAUCAUCAUUCUUUCAGGAUUAGUUGGCUAUUUUACUGAAAAAUCAGUUCGUGAAAAAUACACCCUUGUUAAAAAGGUAGAGAUAGAUGUUGAAAAAUCUAAAAUGGUAUUAAAUUGCGUUUUACCGAAAUUUGUAAGGAAUCGAGUAAAGGAUGGAGUCCGGUAUAUUUCAGAAAAUCAAGGAAUUGUUUCUGUCAUUUUUUGCGAUAUUUGCGAUUUUGAAGAAAUUAUAUCAGGAAUUGGGCUGCAAGAAUUAACAGAGUUUCUUGAUGAAGUUUAUAAGAAAUUUGAUAGAGUAUGCGACAUGGUUGGGGCUACGAAAAUAGAAACUGUUGGAAAGACUUAUAUGGCUUGUGCGGGGCUAAAAGACAGUGAAACUGAAUUAGAUCCAUGCUUUAGUUCUGUAUCACAUGUAAGGAGAGCGAUUGAAAUGGGGAUUGGGAUACUUAAGACUGCAGAAAAAACAUACCUAACCCCAUUUAAAUAGAUAGGGAAACAUCUUGCUUGCUAUUAAAGGGGGAUUAAUUUGUUUUUACAAUUUUUUGGAUUUUAAAAAUCAGAUGCUUGAAAUAAAAAGAUAAUUUAGUAAUAAAAUUUAUAUUUAAGAACGCAAGCAGAGUAAAAUUUAAGAGCAUUAGCAAGAGAUGUCGUUAUAACUAUUUUAAAACAAAAAAUUAAAAAAUUUUUUUGCUCAGUCUUAAAAGAGAUUUUUCAAUUGUUUUGCUCUCUUAAAGGGAAUGUAAGAAAAGGAGUCUCAUUAAAAGUAAAAAUCGGCAUACAUAGCGGCUCAGUUACUGCAGGAGUUGUAGGUGACCAUAAACCUCAGUUUUUAUUAGUAGGAGAUACCGUUAAUACAGCCAGCCGAAUGGCUUCUACACUGGCAGAUCCAUCUAUGAUCCAAAUUUCUGAAGCUUCUUACAAUUUAUUAGAUGAUAAAUCAGGACUUGUUUUUUCUAAACAAACAGUAUAUGUAAAAGGAAAAGGGAUGAUGAAUACCCUGCAUAUAAAAAUCAUGGAAGUCGACGAUAUUCAGUCUCAGAGCUAUUUAAAUAACCCUUCUCCAAGGGCUUUUCUUAUGUCGAAUUAUUCAUUUAGUUCUGUAGCCAAUAGAGCAAGUUUUAGUGAUAAUUCAAUAAGGACUGAAACAAAAAGAAAAUCAGUUAUUUUAUACUGAUUAAAAUGAAUAUGAUCAAUAGUAAAAUAAAAUAAUAUAUAUGGAUAAAAAUAAAUUAGACCUAAGAUUUUACCUUAAAAAGAAUAAGCAGUUUGGAUUUAGAGGAAACUUCUCAAUUGUUUAGGAGGGAAGAUACAGAUAAUAUAGAAGAAAUGCAUUUUCUCACAUGCAACUUUAAAGAAACUGAAAAAGAAACUGAGCUUAGGCUGCAGAUUAUUGAAAUUUAUAAACCAAUCAUAUUUUACUCUUUUAUUCUGAUUGUUAUAGCAAAUUUCAUAUUAUUUUGAAUCCAUUUAUUAGGAUGUUUAGAUUCUGAUGAAUUUCCUUAUCGUAUAAAAAUGGUGAUUUUUGCAUUUUUCCAAAUUAUAAUAUUUGGAAGUUUUACUUUUCUCAAUAGAAACAUUUACAAAAAUAAAUAUUUUGCGUGGUUGUUACAAUUAAUCUAUAUACUCUCCAUCAUAGCCUCAUCACUCAUUGAUUUUGACAGUGAAGAAUCUUUUUCAUUUGCCACAGAAGAAGCUUAUGCUUAUUUCUACAUGCUUUUGCUGACCCAAUGUUCCUGCUUAUUCUACAAACACAUAAUUAUUUCUUUACUUCUAGUAUGAUCAAUCUGACUAUGCCAUAUCAUAAUUUUCCCCUCAAAUAUUUUCUAUCAAUCCCUCAUUUUUUCUUUAAUUUUUCUUUCCAUUCUUGCCUUUAUCACCUAUAAUAAAGAAAAAAAUCUUCGGAUAUUUUCCGCCCUUAAAGAAUACUCCCAAAAAGAACUGACAAACACUGAUAAUCUCCUAACAAAAAUGAUGCCUCUCCACGUAUAUCAUAAUUUAAGAGAAGAAAAUACUAUUGUAGAUUCUUUAAGUCAAGUAACCUUAAUUUAUGCUGACAUUGUAGGCUUUACCUUAUGAUCUUCUAAUGAGACUCCGACUGCUAUUAUAGGGAUGCUUUCUAAUCUUUUUGGGAAUUUUGAUAAAAUGUGCGAAAAACAUCAUGCUUAUAAAGUCCACACUAUAGGAGACUGCUAUGUUGCAAUGGGAUAUAGGGAUGAUAAAGAGAGAAAUUCAGCUGAAGAGUGCUAUAAUAUGAUUUGUUUUGCAGAAUCAAUGAUUGAGGUUAUUGAAAAAAUCAAUAGGGAAAACUCGCUGCAGCUGGCUAUGAGGAUUGGGAUGCAUACUGGGAAUAUUAUUGGAGGAGUUGUGGGUACGAAUAUUAUUAGGUAUGAUAUUUAUGGAAAUGAUGUAUUGAUUGCGAAUAAGAUAGAAAGCAAUGGAGUCGCGGGGAGAAUUUCAGUAAGUGAAGCUACAAAGGAGAUUGUGAACAUUUAUAAGCCUGGAAUUUUUGGGUUUGAGCUUAACCAGGAAAUCCAUGUUAAUACGAUGGUAAAAGAUAUAAAAUCGUAUUUUUUAAUAAGAAAUCAAAUAUAA